GUCCAAAGAAGAUGAAGAUGUAAAGGAAGCUCUAGCUUUGUUUUGCUCAACAACGAAGGCUCUAGCCACUUCGUCUUGUUUGAGGUUGUUGCGGUGGCGAUUUUCACAGUGGAGAUCAGCGCCAGCUAGAUCGUCGCGGUGAAGUCCGUCGUUGUGGAGAUCUUUGAGCCCAAACCGCAUUUCACUUGUACGACUUCUGCUCCGAAAACCUCCUUAACAAACCCCAUGUCGACCACCACGACCGAGGCACCGCCAGGGAUCCUCAUCCCGUCACUACCAAACGACGUCGCUUUGCAAUGUCUAGCUCGCGUCCCAAGACAGUAUCACCCUGUACUCGCGGCGGUGUCGAAGCCCAUCAGAUCCCUCCUCUCCUCCCCGGAGCUAUUCGCCGCCCGAUCGUCCCUCAACUCCACCGAAAGCUUGCUUUACCUCACGAUCCGAAGCCUAUAUGGAAAGCCCAAGGGUUGGUUCACGGUCUAUGGAAGAAGGUCCAACACAAACGACGACAACAAGAGCAAUAUCAUCGUCGCCCCAGUCCCAGGAGUUCCCAAGGACCGGCUAGAUUGGUCCGAUUGUGCCGCCGUGGGCUCCAAGAUCUAUGUCGUGGGCGGCAUAAAUUGUGUUAGCUAUUCAACUAAGGUGUGGAUUUUCGACUGCCGUUUCCACACGUGGGAGCGUGGUCCGGGCAUGCCAACGGUGAGAAGUCAGGCUGCCAAGACCGUAGUUUUGGACAGCAAAAUUUAUGUGAUCGGAUGUUGGACGGAGAAGAAAUCAUGGGUCCUUGUUUUCGACACGGUGGCUAGGAGCUGGGAGACCCUUCCUAGCCCCAAGCUUGGGGUCUACAAUGAACGGGUUGUCGGCUGCACUAUUAGGGGUGGUAAGGUUUGCGUCUGGUUGGAGAGAGAAGAGAUCAGGUUCGAUCCCGCGACGGAGACGUGGGAGGUGUUUGAGAGUGGCGUUAGACCGGGAUUUCAUUGGACUGCACAGAUGUGCGAGGUGAAUGGGGUCUUGUAUUGCGCUGAUGAAGAUACAAGGACGAUUAGAGGCUUGAAUGAAAGAAAUGGGAUUUGGAAAGAGCUCAAACUUGUGAAUAAUAGAGGGUUGCCUAAUCGCUUCCGGGACCCUUGUAUGGUCAAUGUGGGAGGGAGGUUGGUAAUAAUGGGGUUGGGAUAUCCACGGGAUGAAAUUUUUACUUCAGAAUUGGAAUUAUGGUGUGCGGAAAUUGAAGUGAAGAUGGACAGGGAUGGGGAUUUGCUGGGAGAAGUUCUGUGGUCGAAGUUGGUCUUUUCAAUGAGCUCACUGUUGGUAGAUAUGGAGCCCUUGUUCUAUACUUGUCUGCCAGUUUCUUUUUGAGGGUGGAUGUGUCACAGUUUCUAAAUUCUGAAAUCCAUUUCCUUGUAGCAGAUUCUGUUGAAUAUCAUGCUUGUGGAGUCCUUUCGCCACCUAGCCGCCGUGGAUCCAAUGAAUAUGUUUGUCUGUUGUCUUUUGCUUGAAUUAGUGUUUGUUCUGUUAAGGUUGGACUUGUUACUUCCUAAUUUUCAGUUUAUUUUCUGUGUCAUGUAAAUUGGUUUGAAUAGCCAACCAUCAGGCUUUUGCUGUCUUUAAAGACAUAGUGAUGAAUAUAAAGUGUGCAUAGUUUUAAUCAAAGCUAUGUUGUUCGCCUGAAGCAUCGGUAAAAAAAUUUUUGUUUCCCUUUGAAUCAAAAGUUUUGUUGCUUUCCUUGGAAGAUGGCAGUUGCUUUAGUUUUCUAGUGUAUUUAUUGGUGGAUCUAAUAAGAAUUGCUUAACCAAGUAUCAUUAGAAAACUUGUGACAACAAUUUUAUUUUUCUUUGAAACAAGAAUAUAGAGACCUGACACCAUAUGCACGU